AUGCAACUCAUCCGGUUGAUGGCCCUGGAGGCGGACCAUGUGGCCUACCUGCGCUUUGACGACGUCUUUGUGGGCUUCCUGGCACUGAAGUUGAAUGUGCAGCCGGAGAACGAGGAGGGCAUCAUCCUGUCUACCAGGAAUUGUCGGUUUGCGUAA